AUGGGAGGUAAAAAAGUAGCCAAAAGAACCAAGAAGUUCACCAAGAAUCAUUUAGAUCAUACCCUUAAAGCUCGUCGUAAACAACAAGCCAAAAAGCAAGAGAUAGAAGGUCGUAAACAGGCUCGGUCUAUGAAAUCAGGUCGUGGUCAUGGUCCUAAAUCAACUACAAAACCUGCCGGAAGCGAUGAUGAUGAUGCUGAAGGUGGAAACGACGACGAUGAUGACGAGGAUCCCAUUUCAACUCGGCCCAGCCUCCUGCUUACAUUAUCUCAUUUAACUGCCAUGGAUUUCAGACUCGAUAUGUCUUUGGAUGCCUUACUUAACGCAGAAGGAUUAGCUGAUGGCGGUGAAAGUGAAAACGAAGACGGUUUCUCAAGCGAUGAUGACGACUUGAAAUCUUUAGCUAGUGCGGAAGGUUCCUUGAGCACUGGAAUGGACCUUAAGGCCUUGAAGGAAAAAGACCCAGAGUUCUACAAAUAUUUAGAAGAGAAUGAUCGUGAACUGCUCAACUUUGAUGCAGACAAGAUGGAUGCAGAUGAUGCGGAAGAAAAUGAAUCUGAUGAUGAAGACCUAUCAGAUGACGACGAAGACAACAAAGCAGAGGCUCAUGUUGCGACUGUGCUUACCCUAUUCAAUUCUUUGGUUUCGACUACUUUCCGAUACAUCCCCGUGUUCAUGAAUUUGACGGUACCGGCCAAGGAGUUGCCCAAUGGCAAAUUCAAAGUGGCUUCAAACAGCAAGAUGCAUGCUAGUGUGCAACGGAUCUUGAAGUCAUAUUUCUCCUCUUUACUCGAGCUCAUCUCACAAUUGCCUUCGAGAUCUAGUGAAGGCAAGGGUGAUGAAAAUGAAAGCAUGAUACAGCAGGCGGUCCGAGAGAGUGCUAAACUGACCCCAUGGAUCAUUAACAAUCGCAAGAUCGUUCAAAACUGGACCAAGGCCUUGUUAGAAUUGUGGUCAACUGCCGAUGAUCAGAUUCGAAUGGCGUCUUUCCUGGCCCUGCGUAGAUUGGCUGUCGCAUCAGCCGAUACAACCAAAGAAUCUCUGAUGAAGGGCGUGUAUACCAAUCUGAUCCGCGCUUCAAAACAUACCGCCACAUUCACUUUACCAGCCAUCAAUCUUAUGAAGAACUCUGCAUCGGAACUGUUUCUCCUCAAUCAAGAAGCGGCAUAUCCAAUCAUCUUUAGUUAUAUUCGCCAACUGGCAAUUCAUCUGAGGAACAGCAUGAAGAUCAAGACAAAGGAGGGAUUCCAAGCCGUAUACAACUGGCAAUACAUCCAUAGUCUAGACUUUUGGUCUCUUGUUCUUUCGACCGCAUGCGACACAGCUAACUCUAGCAAGACACCCUCACCACUUCAACCUUUGAUAUACCCUUUGGUCCAGAUCACCACAGGUGUCAUGAAAUUGAUUCCAACUUCGCGAUAUUUCCCAUUGCGAUUACAUUGUGCUCGUCUACUUCUACGGAUCAUGCAACGAACCGGUACUUUUAUUCCGCUAGCACCAUUCCUCUUUGACACAGUAGACUCUGCACUCUUCCAACGUCGACCCAAACCAAGCAACCUGAAGCCACUUGAUCUCGAGUACCUUGUUCGAUGCCCAAAACAAUACGAACAUACCCGAGCUUAUGCCGACACAGUAGCCAACGAAACGAUUUUCCUUUUACUCGAAUACUACACUUGUCAAUCCAAAUCGAUUGCAUUCCCAGAACUAGCUUUACCAGCCAUAGUGACGCUAAGACGAUUUGGAAAAACAGCAUCCAAUCGUAAUUUAGCCAGUCAAAUCCGAGUGUUAGUAGAAAAACUUGAAGCGAAUUCUUCUUGGAUUGAAGAAUGUAGAACAGGUUUAAGUUUUGGUCCAUCUGAUAGAUCACAAAUUGAAAGGUUUUUAGAAAACUCAUCGGAAUCUUCUAAAGCUCCAUUAGUUUCACAUCUCAGAUUACAAUCCAAGGUUAGAUUACAGAAAAGAGCUGUCUUGGAUCGACCUACUCAAGAUGAUAUUGAAGCUGAUUAA